AUGAGCAAUGUAAACUGGAAGAGGAUCAAAGUUGGGUCGGACGAGAAGGCUUCUCGUUCAGUGUGGGUUUUUGUUUGUUCAUCGUCUUAAUUGCCAACGGAGCCAUUUAGCACUUGGGUGGCAUUUAAAAUACAGGAACAACACGGAACUGUAAUAAAUGUUCUCAUUCAAAUAGCUUUUGGCGGCGUAAUUUUUAUGAACUGAAUGUUUAAGUCCUGGAAAAGGUGGAUUAUCAGUAAAUCGAAGGUAUAAUUCUUUGUAUUUAAAAAGUAUACUUUAAAAAUUUUUAGCAAAAACAUCCUCACAUUACCUCUACCAGAAUGUUAAUUAGCUGAUCAUGAGAGAGUAAGUGGAUUUCAAUAGAAUUACAUGACUAUAACGGAGGCAGAUCGACUCUCAUAUUCCAUACUUCAGUCUCUUAAUGUGUAGAUUGUCUUGCCAGAAUUUGCAAAGGGAAAUUUUUGUAUGACGACAUAUGGCCAGGAAUAUGGCGGAAGCGACAAUGCUCGGAACUGAAAGACUUCGUACCAAUUAAUUCAGGGUGAGGGUGAUAAACAAUUACAUUCAGAAUUCGGUCGGAAAAUCGGUUACACGUUGUGGACUUUCGUCGUGUUACGAUAUUAGCAAAAACACAUAGGAAGCAUCCGCAGCAAAUGACAUUAUUUUAGGGAUAUGUUUUAAAAUGAGUAUAUAUUUUUAAAUCAAAGCAGGAAAGAUAACCGCAGGACAAGGAAGAAUGAGACAAAUAAUGCGGGCGUACAUAAAUGUCUGCAUUAAGGGUUGAGGUGUGUGAUUAGGAUGAGAGCGACAAAUGUAAUGAGAAAGUACACGAAUAAGAGUAUAAAUGAGGAAUGGGAGAUUAAUAGGCAGAGUAGCAGCAAAUGCCGGAAGGACGGCACUUAUUUGGGACGAAUGUCAAAGCAUUCAGGAAUGGAUGGGUUGCGGUCGGAAAACACGCCAUGACUGAUUUCGCUUUAUUUAGUAGGAGGCCAUCGUUCAUUGUCAAUGCAGAGAUAUAAUCUAAACCAUCCUCUAGAAACAGGAGGUGAGUUUAUUCUUAUUCGGGUAGCCAAAAACCAUAAUGUCAGUUUAUUAAUAUAAACGUAGUCACUGAGCCAUCUCACGUUAUCAUUGCGAUGUGAGAAGAGUCCAGUGGAUAAAGUCAGACCUUAAAGAACUUUGCAGUCACUAGGAAGGAUGCUCAAUUUCCGCAUGCCAGACAGGAUAAAUUGAGUGUAGAAAGAAAAAUAAUCUGUAGCGUAGAAACAACCCGGCCAGGGGAGUCGCACCGACAUGUAUCGCUAGGAAUAUGUUACGGGUUAGUAUUGAAAGGAGAACAGUUGUCAAGAAAUGCCCAUGCAUACCUGUGGCAAACACUGUCUAGCCAUUUUUGAGCAACACCCUUUAUGGCACAAAGUUUAUCCCUAUAUGAAAACCGUAAAGGAUCGGAAAAAUUGUACGCGAAUGACAAAGUGACAUCUAGGGUAAGCCUUUCCGUUUCACUCGGUUUAUUUGCAGGAAGUGUAGGGGUCGUAACCUUCAACUCCUUACUUGUUACAAGCGACGAAAAUGGAUCAACAAUUUGGAAACGGAAGCAUCAAAAAUUUAAAAAAAUUAUUCCAGAUGCGUUUUGGCGGAUUUCAAACGACUCAAUUUGACCCAACUGUGAAAAACUCGGUGCCUCAGUGGGAUUCGAACCCAUGAAGGCCAGGGGAGGUUUUACCACAGCCAAUGCUAUAACCACCUGAGCUACGAGGCUAUUAUGACCCGCCUGGUAUUUGAAAUCCCAUGGAGCGUAUACGCACUCGACCCCUGUCUCCAAUACCAAGGCGGCAGAAAAAUGAAACCCGGCCGGUCACGGAAAGUGUAUUAGCAAAUCACUGCAAGCUGCGACUAGCUGAGGAAUGACGCGUAUUUAUAACGCCCUACUGUGGUUCACCGGCAUUCGACCCAAUGACCCUCGAGAAUAGGGAAGUAGCCAAUGAAGAGACGCCUGAUUAAGAUGACAGCGCUGUAGAGGGGGCAAAAGCAUGUGGUUUCCAUUAAUUGGCUAGCUCUUGUUUUUGGAAGUAUGGGCACUCCCAAAAGAGGUUCUUCCAUUGGCUAUUUCGGUUUGACUAUCGGCGAUACUGUAGGGACUAUUUUAAGCCAGAAUGUAAACAAAAACGGUUCCGAAGAUCCCAUUGGCUACAAUCUACUUUCUAGUAUUCUUGCAAUUGAUUUGCGCAUACCCAUUGGUCUAGUAUUAUGUUAACCUAUCCAAGUCGUUUGGAGGCCCUACAAAAACCGAGGAGGACUGACUCCAAUUAUCUAUGGACCAGAGGACGCCCUCUGGACGCCACCGCAGCUCCUGCAUCGUCUUUGCCGCCCGGAUCCAACAAUCGCCAAUAUAUGUAGAGCAGUUUCUCAACAAAUGAACAUCUUAUCUACCCCUAAAGGAUUCGACAGAUUUGGAAAGAUCCACCGCAUCAGGGAGUCCGUUCCAUGCCCCAAUAACCCUGUGGGAGAAGGCGUUCCGUUGGAUGUCUGAAUUAGCCAGCAUCCUCUGCAGUUUGAAGGGAUGACCACGCAGACGGUCAGUCCCGGCCAAUAAGAAGAAUUCAUCUAAGUCUAGAGCACACUCACGGCUUCGGACAAUCCUGUAGGUUUGAAUGAGAUCGCCCCGCAGUUGCCUGCAAUUGAUAGGAAACAGAUUUAGUUCGGUCAGCCUGGUUUCGUAAGGCAGAUGAUUAAUAUUCUUGACUGUCUUCUUAUCCAUCGCCUGUUCUCUUCCCAGUCGUUGAUAGUCUAUCUUUAACCACGGUCUACAGGCCUGAACUGCAUACUCUAAGUGAGACCGGACGAAUGCCCACAGGCUUUUCCAAAGAGCUCUUUGUCGAUCUGCACAACUCCUCGCAUUAGCGCAGCUUACACCCCUAUUGCACUAUUGGCUGCCUUUUAAUAAUAAUAAUAAUUUAUUAAAUGGCAGUUUACAGGCAUUGUCAAGGGAAGCGAUUAAACACAAAUCCGACCAGCAGUGAAAAAAACUCCUGAGGUAAAGGAAUAAAAAUAAAGUUGAUGGUGGUUUUUAUGAUUUGGAGGGUUAAGGAGAAAAAACUGCUGGUGGUUGAUUUUCGACCGUCAAUAAGGGAGGGGAGAGGGUUGCACGGUAUCGGAAAUUAUCGGACGUCAAUUCCUUUCAUGAAGUUGGAGAUAGUAAAAGUAGAGGCGCUGAGGAAAAGCUGUCGAUGUUGGCCAACGAAAUUGUCCACGGUGAGGCAGGCCAUAGUGUUCAGAGACCACUAACGCCAUCGCUACGUUAGAGUCGAUCAGUGGAUUCAGCACCCAAAAUUUGUUGGAGCUUUUCUGAGUGCGAAAAUCGAGUAAUAGUUCUCUUAAAUAAAGGAUAACUUUGCAGAGUUUUCACACUCAUGGUUAGUUUAUUCCAAAUAGCAAUUGCAUUUACAGAAUAGAACCGAAUAUAUUUAACAGUACGUGCCAGAGGCAGAAAUAAAAAGACCUCACGGUGACUGUUACGUCGUGGGUGGAUAUGAUAUCUUAAAGAGGUGAGUGAGUUAAAUGUGUGAUUAUAUAAGAGUUUAAAUAGCAAAAAGAGUCCCUUUUGUAAUCUACGGAACCAUUAAGGAUCAAGGCCUCUUAGCCGGCAACGUUCUUGGUGAGACAAAUGUCGGUGUUCCGGGGUAAAAAUUCUCUUGGUAAAAAAGUGGUGAACGGAUUAUAUUUUCUUCCGCUCAGUAGCACGCAUGAGGCUAAGUAAAGACGAACAGUAUUCCAAACCAUGUCUAACGUACAUGUUGUAGAGGCGCAAUCUAAUAUUCCUAAUUUUAAAAUUUCGGAGGAUAAACCCGGUCGUUCUACUUGCUUUGGAGACUAUUAAGGCACAGUGCUCCGAGAGAUUGAGACUCUUGAAGUAUGAUACGCCCAGAUCCUUAAUUACCCCAGGCACAUUUAUGGCGUGACCUUCAAUACUUAGUUGACGUUGGCGUUCGUCGAAACUGUGAUGAUGGUUUCAGUAAGGAGGUCAUCAGGACACCGAGGUCUUUCUGUUCCACAACACUCGAAAGGGGCUAACCACCCAGGACUUGUUGAAAGGAAUCGUCCUCCUUACUGGUCCUCCUGGUGCGGAGUCUCAGGACCACACAUUUGUCCACAUUAAAAGUAAAGAGACAACGAGCUGACCAACUGUUCAUGCGAUUGAGACUCUCUUGAAGCGCGCACCUGUCUGCGUCAGAUCUGAUGGUUCUCCACAGCUUAACAUCGUCAGCGAACAUGAUGGCGCUGCAUCCCAGGUAGUCCACGCAGUCGUUAAUGAAGGUCAUAUUAUUCAUGCUCCCAAAAGCUACCAAACUGCACACUUCAAUUUUUAUAUUGUACAUAUUGUUUUUUUUAAAACUUGCCAUUAUUUUGCCCUGGAACUCAGGUCUUCUUAACUUAAAACAACCUUUCACUUCGCGAUCUUUUGGCCAAACAGACACCCAAAACAGAUGAAUUGAACAUGCAGUCGAAAUGAAUGAGUUUGUUUACGGUUUUUUUCUGAGUUCAAAGGAGGCUGACAGUGCCCAAGGGGCGCUAUAAUAAGCCUAUUCCAGUCUAUUCUAACAGAAAUUUUUCCCUAUUGUGAGUUUUGUUCCAAAAUCCACGAUAGUUUGUCGAAAGUAACCCUGGAAUUGAAAGGCUUAUGCCACCGGCGGCAUUACUUAGCGACAUCCUAAAUGGAGUUAGGUGUUUCACGACGGCAUUUGAAAUUCCGUUUGGAUGCUAGCCUACCCAAAUGAUCUUCGCAUCCGUAUCUGACAGCAAACUAGUUCGUGUCCAUUUUCUUUACGACUCCAACUAUUUCCGGUGAAUUUAGUCACAUCCUUUAUCCUCGCAGCUUUUGGAGGCACAAAGAUAGGUUUUAUAUUGGUUGCGGACACAUUCUGUUCAAAGAAAAUUAAUCUAGAAAUAGCUGGAGAGUGAAAAUUUGCUUCAGCAUCUGAUUAUUAAAGCCAUAGUCCUGGCAUAGGCUUUACGGUCAAAAGGUGGCGCAAGAUGGCACAGAGCAAUAUGCGAAAAACAAGACAAGAACAACGAGUCACAGCAAUAAAUGGAAGUUGGGAUAUCAAUACCAGUUGGAUUGUAGAAGGAAAAUCUCCCACAAUUUUUGGGAGAAAAUACCUAAGUGCAAACCUUUGGUAGGUGAUUUUCUUUCGCCAUGCUUUGUAAAGUGUCAGCCCUCUUAAGACUACCUUCUAACGAGUAGAUACUUGGAAUUGGAGCUAUCGGUGGGCAAUAAACAAGGAUGAGGUUUCCUCUCAGUUUGUCUAAGGUUGUCUCUCUCAGUCUGUUUGCUAGAGUUGGAAAGUGCUUUGCUGCUGAGGUGUCUCAUGACUUUUUAUUGUUUUAUUUACAUCCUGAAGCCAUUACUUUAAACGAGCUACCGUAUUUAAUCAAACCGGAGCAAGAAAGACCGAGCGAACCACAAACUGUGAAUCAGCCCUUAUAUCUUUGGUCUGCCGGUUGACGGUGUGUAGUGUUAGGGGAUUAUUUACAUUUCAACUUUUAUGCUAGCGUUUCCAGAAAAUAAACUAUUUUUGCGUAUUUUCACUUAUUCGCUAGAUGGUUUUAGUUAUUUUUCUAUCGACCCCGGUUUCCGCAUUCUUACGAUAUUCCUAGGAAUAUCGUGCCAUCGCCAGGACACGUGCCUAAUUUCACUUUCACAAUUGCUUUACGUCAAUAAAAAGGAAUCCCGUUUGGACUUAGUUAGCUUAUUUAUUUAUCUUUGUUUGUGAUUUCGCCAAAAAGACCCCUGGAUACUUAUGUUAUCAAUAUCUCUUAUAUGGGAUGUACGUAUAAAUUACAAUUGCAAUUUGUAUGUACAGACUAUUUUGCCAUACUCUCUUCGUCCACAAACUAAUAAUGCGCUUUUAUUAAAUAUAAUUAGAUGUCCUCCAGCCCGCCGGCAUACAAAGAUAUUGCCGUUAAAGGCAGUGUGGAGGAGCUGCAAGUCUUCUCAUCUAAAGAUGCAAUUUCCACUUCUUCUUCCGGUCACAUGUCUGCGCGAUCUUCAGAGGCAUGCCUAGCGAGGAAAUAUUUCCUAACUGCAGCUCUGUUCUACAGUUGGGUUUGUCUCGUAGGUUGCUCUCCAGAUCCGUGAAUUUACCAUUGCCUUUAUUACCAUAUUCUUUUUGCUGUCGUUUUUUCUAAGGAGCGUGGCGUCCUCCAUUAUGACUUAAGUUUUUCCUGCAUCUGUUUUAAUAUAUAUAUGUAUAUAUAUAUUUGUCUUUUACACUUUGCCCUUAACUGAUUUGCUCCGAAGCCCACGUUAUUCACAUUCAUACCCUAGCUUCUUAGGGAGGCUUUUGGACGCUAUAAUUAAAAAGAGGAUUAGAGAAUCAACCCACAUUUCGACAAUUUUUUUUGUAAUUUGUAAUCGGUUGAUUGUCGCCAACCUUGUAUCUUAACUGCGUUCCCUAGGUUUUCGACCCCUUAAACGACAGUUAGGUGCUUACGCCGCAUAUGUGAUGCGUUGAGUCCAAUGCGUAAACAUUUCUUUCUGUUACUUGGAAAUACACGAAAGGUUCAGCCCUGUUGACUCAUUGAACUUAAGGGAGUUUCAUUACGCUUUUUCUCGUAGUUACGUGAUUUGACUAAACAAACUCCGACUUAAAUAUUAGAAUUAUCUUUUUCAUGCCCCCACGCGGAGGAGACCUCACCCACGAAGCAUUCCAUCAUUCGCAAAUUUUUCCAUUCAGGCAUUUGCUCUAAGAUAUUUGAGAUUGUUCGAUAAAGCUGCCCAAAUACUAUGUAAUGAGACACGGAAAACCGACGAGCUUUCAGUGUGUCAACACUCAAAGAAACGAAAAAAAUUAAGUUAUUUCACAAAGCUUAGGUAGUCCUGACGCAUAGUUAAUAGGUCGAAGAAUCCUGUGCACUACCGGUGCCUCCUUAUUGAAUCCGUCCAACAGGAUUUCGAUCAUUAUUUUUUGAGGCUUGCCCCAAAAAACAUUCCGACCCGGCAUUUCUUUUUUCGCCUGCGGACCAUCCGGUAUUGUGUUCGUCUGCGCCUUUCGUUUUUAUGGAAUUGGGUUUUGGUAACUAGAACUAAGACGAAACUCACGUAGUCAUCGGUUCUAAGUUUUGCAGUGGUCAACAUGAGAAUAUACGCUCCAGCUAGUUGCCUUAAAAAUAAUUGUGGCACCGAUCAAAAACCUGCUUCUGCCAAUUCCCCUUCACCGCCGGUCACCCAAUAACUGCUGCAAAGAAAAAUCAGUCUUAGGCAAUUUUUUGAGACGCCUUUCUGACGUAAAAAAUCCUUUGCGGAUAACCUUAUGAAUCUAUGGCGUCUGGAAUUUUCAACUUUAUUUGCUGUUUUGGCAUGUUUUUUUAUCUCCCAUCCCAGGGUUUUAUUAGCGAUUUUAGUUUGCCUGAUUGAUUUUGUCCACCAAUAUGUCAGUAUUCUAUCGUUUGCAUUUUAAUAUUUCAUUAAGGGCCUUUAUGCCGAGGUUCUCGGACCCUCACUCACCACUCUGAUGCAUGAUAUCCCGGCCAGCUAUGAAGAGAUCGGUCGGGCUUUGUCUGUCCGCGAGGUGGGCAUGUUCUUUGGCUCCCUCCUUGGAGCUGUCCUGGCUGAUCGGUUUGUGUCGCUCAGGCUCUGCACCAUUUCUGUCACCCAAGUACUGGGCGCUAUUACGAUUUUUGCGGUUGCGUGGUGCAUCGACCUUCCCGCGCUCUGUGCCACUCUCUUCUUCUCCGGCUUUGCUCACGGUGCACUUACUUCAAGUAAGUUAAUCUCCUUAGGAAUCCGUGGUUGUUUUCCCAGUUAAAUGUUGUCCUAAGCGUCUUAUAUUAGCCUAGAUUCAAAUUUCUUUUCUGUCUUACACUACCAUUGAAAGAUAUAGAUUCGAUAGGAAUUAUAAAUUGGCACUUUAUAGUCUGCCGUAGUUGAUUUCUUGGAAGUCUGCGUGGGACGACGAGUCCAACUUUAUACCUGUAAUCAUGAGGCCAGUUUGUGUACUGGUUCUGUGAUGGUGGCGGGCAACAGAGAAUGUCAGUUAGUUCGGGGUUGGCCUCUGAAAUCUGUGGUCAAAGUUGUCUCAUUGCUGAUCGCAGAGCUUCGCCAGGCGGGCAAUGAAAAAUAAGACAAUUUUAUAGGGAGAGCUAAUGCAACCAUGCAUAUCUUAUGAGUAUUUUGUUCAUACCGUACAUUUGGUCCCCGUUAGUCAAGUUGCUUCCAACAUAUCGGUUGUUUCUGUCGGUCUUGACUGCACACGGCGUGAUGAAUAUACCAGCCAAGUUGGAUGUGUUCAUUCACUCACCAGAGGAAGAGUGAGACGCUAUCCGUUCUUCCUGACAGAUAGAGACUUUCCCUAGGACACUUUUGACUCGCAGACAACAUUUAGCCAGACUAUCAUUUCACUGCUACAAACGUAUACGCUAACGGCGGGGAGAAUGUGUAUUCGUCUAUAGUGUCAAGUUUUUCACCAGCCACGACUUUCAUUUCAACGGCAGUCAGUUUGUUUUUCGUUGAUUUCGCAACUAUUUCGUGGCACCUUUAGCGCCAUGCAACAAACUGGAGUUUUCGGCUGAUGAACUUUGGAUGAACAACACAAGUUUGAAAGCAUGUGUUUUUUGA